AUCCCAUACAAUUUGGGUGUCAGGGCAUACUUUUAGAGGUGGCUAGCCAUUUGACUAUUACCAAAAAUUCAGAUUACUGAAUGCUUCAACACCAUACGCCUAAAGAGCAAACAUUGAACUAUAGAAAGCCUGCAACCAACCUUUCUUUUGGAUAAGCGUGUCUGUCGUCAAGUACAUUGAUCUAUUCGCCAUGAAAGUUCCUCUUGAGCUAUAUCUCUUCAACUUCACUUCUUUCCCCAUGCAGCAACGCCUCUGACAAUUACCAUGACUCGAAUCGACAGCUGCCUACUUAGCCUCGCCAACUUUCACGUCUUCUGCACUCUUUCAAUUGUUGCAAUCAUCUUCAUCGUCAAUGCCGAUAAAAUCAUCUAUAGCAACUCGGAACGGUCAUUGGCGUCGGACAAUGAAGCGAUUUCUCCGUUGCUGCAGAAUUAUGAUCAUAAUUCUGCAGGCAGACUGAUCAAGUCUGAUGUAAGUCGCUUAGUCCUGCAUUCCAUGCAGGACGAGACCAUUGAAGUUGGUAGAGAAAACACAAGGCCUCUUGUUCCUCCUUUCAAUGUCACAGAAGAAGAGAGAAUUGCUUGGUUCCGAAGCAAGCUGCCGGAAUUUCACAUUCUCAAGUCAGACAAGUCUGCAAAGCAAUUCCAUGGCCGUGUUCUGGAAUUCUUUAACAAGGAGUGUGAGGGUCAGUUCUUUAUGACAUGGAUUUCGCCGGCAAGGUCUUUUGGGAGCAGAGAGUUCUUGACUAUGGAAAGUCUCUUCAAAGCCCACCCACGCGGAUGUUUGAUGAUUAUCUCGAGAAGUAUGGACUCCAAGCACGGCUACAGAAUUCUGAAACCGCUGCAGGAUAGUGGGUUCAAAGUCAUGCUGACACCAGACUUGUCAUUUCUGUUCAACAACACACCGGCAAAAACCUGGUUUGCUGGGAUGAAGAGAGGCAACAGAGACCCUGGUGAGAUUCCAUUAGCCCAGAACCUGUCGAAUUUGAUUAGACUUGCAGUUCUAUACAAGUAUGGAGGAGUUUAUUUAGACACAGACUUCAUCGUCUUGAAAUCAUUCUCAGGACUGAGAAACUCGAUUGGUGCACAAAGUGCGGAUGUGGUUUCGAAGAACUGGACCAGAUUAAAUAAUGCAGUUCUGAUCUUUGAUGCGAAUCAUCCCCUUCUGCACAAGUUCAUGAAGGAAUUUGCCCUGACUUUUGAUGGGAAUAAAUGGGGGCAUAAUGGUCCCUACCUGGUCUCCAGAGUGGUCCUGAGGGUGCAAAACCGACCCGGUUAUAACUUCACGAUUCUACCCCCUCUCGCCUUUUACCCUGUCGACUGGAAUAGGAUCGGGGGGCUGUUUAAAAAGCCGGGAAGCCCGGCUCAUUCACGAUGGAUAAAAGCAAAGCUGCUUCAGCUUAGCGGGGAGACUUAUGGAGUACACCUAUGGAACAAGCAAAGCAGCAGAGAAGUAGUCCAAGAAGGAAGCAUUAUGCAGAGAUUAAUCUCCGAUCACUGCAUCAUUUGCAACGACAUAUAGAGUUAUUCAAGAAUCUUAAGCAAAUAAACGGUGAAGCAUCUUCAAUCAGUGACGAAGUCGCAGACUGGAAAUUAGUAUCUGUUUCUUGGAAUUCCUUUCUUUUUUUCGUUAAUUUUUUUUUCCGAUCAUACAAAUUUCGAUCAAUCUUCUUUUAUUUCGAUUAGCCCCAUUGUUUGGUUGUUAUUUGUAAAUGUUAGAUUCUGUAAACAAGUUAUGGAACACAUUCCAUGUCUCAGUAUGUUACUAGAACUUA